UGGGGGUUGCUAGGGAAACCCCAUCUACCUGUGGUAAUUUUGUCAAAUUGUGUCAAAGUUUAGCGCUGAAAAUUACUGUGAAAAUGUGGAAAUUUUCCCUAAAUAACGCGAAAAACUACAAACAGUUGCGGGCUUUUUAUGCCAGUGAUGCGAAAACAGCGACAGCCACCACAACAGAGGCGCAGCCUACGAUUAUUCAAAUGGGGACCACCACAGCUGAUGUUUCCACUACCAAGCCGCCUCCAGCGACCCCUUUAACCCUGCCCGAAAUGCCUGCAAUUUCAAAAUCCCUAGAAACGCCUUCUAGUGUUCAAACCGAAAAAAGCGUUUGUCCCUUUGAUAAUGUUCCUGGUCCCCAAAGCCUUAAAGUGAUAUCGCAGCUUUGGAGCUACGUGCCUGCUUUGAGCACCGAGUUUACUGCCGGCACCCUAUUUCAAGCGAUGAAUUUAGGUAAAUUUUUUGGUAAUCUUCUAAGUUGGGGAGGCAACGCCAAGUUUUUCCAGAAGUUCUUCAACGUUUACGGCCCAGUGGUGCGUCUUCAUGGCCCUUUUGGAGGCGACGUUUUGCUCCUAUCCAGACCUGAACAUGCGAGCAUAGUUUUUCAAAGUGAAGGCGCUCAACCAGUGCGAGCCUGUCUGGAUUCCGUUGAAAAAUACCGAUUGCAGCAUCGUAGAUUGAGGCAAACCGGACCGAUUCUGAUGUCUGGACCCGAAUGGGAAAAGCUACAUGAAACGCUGGAAAAACCGUUGUUUAACUCGCCGAUGCAGCACUUUAAGACCAUCGACUUGAUUUGCGAUCAGUUUGUUGAGCGCGUGUUUUCGGUCCGAAAUUUGCAGGAUGAAAUGCCCAAAACCUUCAAAAACGAUAUUCUCAAAUGGUGCUUAGAAUGCGUGUGCUCUGUUACAUUGAAAAGGAAAUUGGGAUUUAUGGAUCCUACUGGUUUGAGCCCGAAUUCUGAUCCAGGCCAAAUCUUAGAAGGGGUGAUUGGAGCAACUGAGGCCAUUAGAAAGUGCGAAUAUGGAUUUCACAUCUGGAAAUUUGUGAAAACCCCCGCUUGGCGAUCCCUAGUGAAAAAGUGCGAUCUGAUUAAUUCCAUUUUGGGCAAAUACGUUGAAAGAGCCCAAUCAACGCUACGAGAAAAAAAAGAUAUUAAAUCAAUGGAAGAUCUCUCCAUCAUCGAGAGUUUGCUGCUCAAAGACGACAUUCUCGUGGAAGAUGUUAUGACUGUUAUGCUCGACAUGCUGUUGAUUGGCGCGAACGCCACUGCCCAUUCCAUAUCUUUCCUGCUCUAUCAUUUAUCGAAAGCGCCCGGGUGCCAAAAGAAGCUCUAUGAUGAAAUAAUGAAGCAACCGAAAGAAAUCACUAUGGAUUCUCUGAAAAACCAACCGUAUCUACAAGCUUGCAUUAAGGAAAGCAUGCGAUUAAACCCGCCGAUUCCCAUUCUCAACCGAGUGUUGGCAAAAGACGCAGUGAUUCACAAGUAUUUCAUUCCCAAAGGGACUUACGUCCUUAUAGCGGUUCACCUGGCCAAUUUGAGGGAAGAAUAUUUUGAGGACGCCAAAACGUUUCGCCCAGAGCGAUGGUUGUCGCAGGAAAUUAGCCCAUUGGCGCAAGAAUUGCAAGUAUUUGCGUCAAUGCCGUUCGGGCAUGGGCCGAAGUCUUGCCAAGCUAAAGAACUGGCCCAGAUGGAAAUUGGGCUGCUCAUCAACAAAUUGCUGAAGAAGUUUUACAUUGAGUACAAUUACGGGGAGCUUGAGAGCUCCAACUCUUUACUGGCCACUCCCACCAAACCGCUGAACUUUCGAUUUGUUGACCGUGUUUAGUUGUUGCGUUUAUUUGAUGUAUUACAUUGUUAAAUUCUAAUAAAUUCUAAUGAUUUGCAA